AUGUCGGAGAGUUCGACAGAUUCAAAUUGCAGCCGUCAUUACUGCAAGUGCGGGUCAGAAAUCAAACACUGGACUUCAUGGACGGAUUUGAAUCCUAGAAGAAGAUUUGAGGCAUGUUGCAAUAAUCGGAACAGUAAGAGGGGGUUGCAUUUUUUCGCAUGGGUGGAGAAUGAAAGAUGCCCACGAGGAAAGGAAAUCUUGCCUGGGUUACUUAGAAGACUAAGAGGAAUGAAGGACGAAUUGAGAGCAACGACUGAGAAUUUCAAAUUGAUGGAAGAAGAGAAGAAUAAAUUAGAGCAAAAAUUGAGAGAAGAGGAAGAAGAAAUCAAGAUUUUGAAAAAACAGAAUAUGGGAAUAGGUCAACAAGUUGUUGUACUAAAAGGGGAAAUUUUGAGUUAUCAACAAAGACAAAGGUGGUUCCGGGUUGUUGUUCUGUUGUGUUUUAUGAUUGUGAUAUUGUUAAUCAAUAUGGAUGAUUUGGUAGUGUAG